AUGUCAGUUGUGGACGCACGUGAACAUUCCUUGGAGGACUUCUUCGACCUCUUACCAUCCCUGCGUUCAAAGUUUGAAGAUUAUCCAGCCUGUCUGCGGAGGACCGCUUUUUGCGCACGUUUUGCCACUCUGCGCUAUCAGCUCGACCGGAUCGCACUACAAUGUGACAUGAGAAUUAAUCAGACCGGUCCUAUCACCACUUCACUGGGUCAACCAGCGGGCAUCGCGUGGCGGUUGUCCUCGGAGUGUUUUGCUGUCGUUGUUUCGGCAGUGCCCAUUGAGGGCUACAGCCUGCCCCCAGGCACUACGCCACCACAGGACGACCUAGCUAGCGUAUCGGCGUUGUGCGAAGAAUUGGUUGAAGAAUUGCGAAAACGUAACUACAACGCUCUUCUCGCCCACAUCACCAACUUACUGGCUCUGUACAAUGUCCCUGGGGACAGAUGCAGGGCCUUUCUUUGUCUGCGAGUGUUGGAAGAGGAUCUCACAGUACUUUCUGCGGCCGCCAAUAUUGACCGUGAGAACGGGGCGGUUAAUCCACCACUAGUUAACCUCUCUCCACGCAACGCCUCCGAGGUUGCUACCCUUGUGCAGUCCAUCAACUUCUCAGCCAUUGGGCAGCUAGAGCCCAGGGCGGGCGGACGUUUCGCCGCUCUCACCUAUUAUGUCUCACCGGCACAGGAAGCGAUCGCCAGAUCACGCAUCCUGAAGCAGGCGCCCCCUGCCCCCAACCUCCGAGGCCUCCUCAAAGGAUUUUUUGCCUUCGUCGGUCUACGAGCCACGGCAGAUAGAAUUCAGCACAACUUACCCUUUAUACCUCUCGUUAACCUACAGAAGGACGAAUCUGGACUCAAUAUUGCACAGUUUGCUACCGCGGACAACAUUAAGUGCGGACCCAUUGCCGCUGAAUUCGUACUCUUCCUACAUCCGCCCCUCAUACUCACUGCAGAAGUUACGGCAGAAGUUGAGAAAAUAACAGGUGAGCUUCGAUUAGAUGCGUGCUCAAUGCCAGUUCCGCCUUCGCCCCCCCCAUGGCCUCGUUUGGGAUUUAAUUGUAUUGCCCUAUGGGAUGGAAUCAGACAUCGCACAUAUCACUCAAGAAGUAUUCGGUAA